AUGUAUUUUUUCCGAUUGCGCAGAAAGCAACGAAACGAGAGGCAGAGACCCUGGAGGAGACUCGGGAAAGGCCCUUUCAAAAGGAGACAGACAAUCGAUGAAGAAGAAGCCGAGACUACUGUCUGUCGCAAAACGAAACACUCCAAAGUCCCCCUGGUCCGGGCAAAGAUGCCUCAUUCGCGCUCUCCCAACCCCAGACACGCAACCCGGCCGGGGGCUCGCUGUAAAAGAAAAGAGGAUUCUUCGGAAAUGUCCAACCCGGCAGACAAUUUGGGUAUUUCGUUUGUUAUUCGCUUCGAGCCUGCCCGGAGCUUGUUUUUCCUUCACAGGUUUGAGAAGCGGUUACCAGUGUUUCAGUUUGUUCCACGCACCUCCCCGUUAGAAACGCGACGCGAUAUCCGAGAAACGACGAAAAAAGAAACAGAAGAUACGCCUUUCAGCCAUAAGUGUGUAUCCGGAUGUUGCAUAGUCUCGUAG